CGGGCUCCAUUAAGGACUCCGAAGGCGGCGGCAGGCAGGCCGGCCUCUCUCCCUCCACGCCUCCGUUACUCCACGGGAUCGGGCGGCGACGGCAAAAGCCUCGACCGGCCGCUCUGGGCUGCACGCAUCCAACGCUAUGGUGCCGCUGCUCUAGAGGCGGCUCCCCCCCCCGCAGGGGCCGGUGCGCAUGCGCUAGAUGCAGGAACUGUAGAGAUGGAGCCUCCAGCAUCUGGGACAACCUCUGGAGGGAGGAGGAAGUUCACCAUGAAGACACAAGAUGAGGAGAACAAUUUGGCCCCGGCACAACUGCUCUUCAAGCCCUCCUGUACAUCAAGUCCUUCACCAGCCCCCAAAGCCCCAGAUGGGACCACCUAUGCAGACUAUAUUGUGGGGCAAGCAGCGGCCUCCGUGGCUCCUCAGGCAAAGCCAGCAGCAGCUGUGACUGCAGCAGCCACCAAAACCCACAACUCCCUGUCCAUGCAGAGGAAACCAGAAGACAAAGAAUCGCCCCCAAACCCUAUUCCAAAACCAGGAGCCAAACACAACUGCAUCAUCGUCAGCCCUCGCCAGAGGGGGAACCCCAUCCUGAAGUUUGUCCGCAACGUGCCGUGGGAGUUUGGCGAGAUUGUCCCAGAUUAUGUGCUGGGCCAGAGCACCUGCGCCCUUUUUCUGAGCCUCCGCUACCACAACCUGAAGCCCAGUUACAUUCAUGAACGCCUUCGGACGCUAGGCAAGACAUACAUGCUGCAGGUUCUUCUGCUUCAGGUUGAUGUGAAAGACCCGCACCAGGCACUGAAGGAACUGGCAAAGAUUUGCAUCCUGGCAGACUGCACCCUGAUCCUAGCGUGGAGCCCAGAGGAAGCUGGACGCUACCUUGAAACUUACAAGGCCUACGAACAGAAGCCUGCAGACUUGCUGAAGGAGAAGGUGGACCAGAAUUACCUGUCACGAGUGACAGACUGCCUGACCAGCGUGAAAUCAGUGAACAAGACCGACACACUGAGCCUCCUCUCCACUUUUGGAUCUCUGGCCAGCAUAGGCGAAGCUUCCAGGGAAGAGCUGUCCCUCUGCCCAGGGAUUGGGCCCCAAAAGGCCAAGAGGCUUUUCGAUGUCCUUCAUGAGCCGUUUCUCAAAGUCCCCAAAUGAGCAGAGGGCUUCCUGGCCAGACUAGACCAGUCAAGUGAGGAACAGAAGGUGUGUGCGCUGGGGGCAGCGGUGCCUGCCUGCAACGCCUCGCGGGAUACUAACUACUCCUGGAAGGGGAGAGAAGCCGCCUUCUGCCAGUGGCCAAUGGAGAUUAAAUAAAAUACAUCGCACUUUGCAAUAAAAGGAGCACAAGUGACAAACUC